GCCCUGGCGUGAUGCACAGCCAAAACUGCCAAUGGUGCAAUAUGGCGAUAACGCAGCGCUCGUGAUGUCUUCCUGCUCCAGAAGGGGGACUUCUAUCCGGAUAAAAGCUCAGAACGCUCGUGCAUAUAAGAUUGCGGGCAUGCUUCUCUGGCUGACGGGACAGUCGCCACCUUCACCCACCCUGUCGCAGCCAUGCCGUCGUGGUCAAGCUUCCUUCCGUCCCGCCAGCAGGACGGAGCCGCCGACGUCCAAAAGAGCCCAAACCCUAGUACCUCUGGGUCCGAGAAGGGCUUCCACGACAAAGACGCCGAUUCUGUGUCCGCCAUCCGAGAGGCGGAGAACAUCAGCCCUGGGGACUUGACUCUAGAGGAAGAUGCUGCCGGUGGAAUGGGUCGCCAUCUCGGCGUGUUCAGUUGCACCCUUCUCAUCGUAGGACGGAUCAUUGGCACGGGCAUCUUCUCAACACCAUCGUCAAUCCUCGGGUCCGUCGGAUCCGUCGGUGCUUCCCUGAUGCUCUGGGUGCUCGGCUUCAUACUCUCGUUCUGCGGUCUGUUCAUUUGGCUCGAGUUUGGCACGAUGUACCCGCGCAGCGGAGGCGAAAAAGUCUAUCUCGAGGCCGUGUACACAAAACCUAGGUAUCUCGCAACCGUCAUCUUUGCCGCCAAUGCCAUCCUGCUGGGCUUCACUGCAUCGGGGUGUAUUGUGUUCGCUAGCAACAUUUUGGAAGCUGCAGGGAAGGAGGCUACGGAAUGGGCGGAAAGAGGCAUUGCCUUGGGCGUGAUAUUCUUUGUGACACUCCUCCAUGGUAUUACACCGCGCCUCGGUGUCUACGUCAUGAAUGGUCUCAGCGUCUUCAAGAUUGUCAUCCUACUCUUCGUAGUCAUCAGCGGCUGGGUCGUCCUUGGCGAUCACACGAGAGUGAAGGACCCGUUCGUCAACUUCCGUCAUGCUUUUGCUGGCAGCUCACACAGCUCGAACGACUAUGCGACGGCGACAUUCAAAGUGUUGAAUGCGUAUGCGGGAUGGUCGAACGUGAACUACGUCUUGAACAAUGUCAAGAACCCGGUCCGGACGCUCAAGAUUGCUGGCCCGCUCGGACUCGGUAUUUGUGCGGUGCUGUACUUGCUGGCCAACGUAGCUUACUUUGCCGCCGCCUCGAAGGAAGAGAUCCAGAAUACCGGCGUAACCGUCGCUUCUCUGUUCUUCCACAAUGUGUUCGGUACGAAAGCCCAGAAGGCCCUCACCGUCUUCGUUGCGCUCAGCGCGCUCGGCAACGUCGUUAGUAUAACCUUCGCUGCGGCUCGGGUGAACCAGGAGCUCGCCAAGGAGGGCAUUCCUCUGCCCUUCGGCAGUCGCUUCUGGGCGUCAAAUUGGCCGACGGGCAAGUCUCCACUCCCAGGACUAAUUGUCCACCUUAUCCCGUCUGUGAUUGUCAUUCUUGCCCCUCCGCCUAACAUCGCAUACCCCUUCAUCCUUGACGUCGAAGGUUAUCCUGGCCAGAUUAUCAACUUUUUCAUCGUCCUGGGUCUCUUCUGGCUCAGAUGGAAAAAGCCCCACGUGCACCGACCCUUCAAAGUAUGGUGGCCGCUAGCUGUAUUCUUCCUAGCAGCGGCAACGUUCCUGCUCGUCGCGCCUUUCCUCAGGCCCGCGAACGGCGUUGGCGAUACGCCGCCGCUGCCAUACUACCUAUACUGCUUGGUCGGCAUCGCAGUCAUGUUCGCUGGUGUCUUGUACUGGGCGGGAUGGCGCAUCCUUCUUCCGAAGGUCUUCGGCUACGAGCUCGUCCCGCGAAAAGAGACAUUGGCCGACGGGACAGUCAUUACACGAGUACGUCAUUCGGUUUUUACGUAGGCCUCGUUCAGUAUUGAUGCGAUAUCCUUGUAGUUCUCACGAAGAAAAGCCGAAUAGUAGGAUUGGCUUGGGGACAUCCGGGUAUGCUGCGUUUGGGGCUGGGCGUAUACGUGUACUAUAAAUCGGUGUCUUUGACACUGUUUUGGGAAUCUAAGGCUACAUUACGAGUGUCCUGGGAUGAUGUAAAUGAGGUAGAAUGAGGCGAAGACCCUUCGAGGCUUACCGAGAUAAAACUGUAAUCGAGAGCAUGUAGUAGAUAUGGGAGAGUAUGACACGCGAGAAGCGAAAAGCCAAAUUUUUCGAAAGUUUACCUAAGGAAAU